UAAAUCGUAAAAUAUCUUUGUUGGUUUUAAUCUGAGAAAUUCGUUUCCUUCUUCUCUAAAUCGAAUCUCAUCAUCAUCAUCAUCAUCAAUGGCUUCGAUGCUGGCUCGCAGGUCACUGAAUACACUCCGUACUCGCCACCUCGUUUUGUCAGGGAAAGCUUUGCAGGGAUCUCAUCUCUCUGGGCUGCAGUCCCGUGCUAUUUCUUACGGCUCCAAGAAAGAUGAUGAAGAAGAGGAGCAACUUGCCAAGGAAAUCUCCAAGGACUGGAAUACUGUCUUUGAACGGAGCAUAAACACACUGUUUCUCACUGAAAUGGUCCGUGGUUUGUCCCUGACCCUCAAGUACUUCUUUGAUCCCAAAGUUACUAUCAAUUAUCCAUUUGAGAAGGGUCCACUGAGCCCUCGCUUCCGUGGUGAACAUGCUCUUCGUCGUUAUCCUACCGGGGAAGAACGCUGCAUUGCCUGCAAACUCUGUGAAGCUGUAUGUCCAGCUCAAGCAAUCACAAUAGAAGCAGAGGAGCGGGAAGAUGGUAGCCGUAGAACCACUAGGUACGACAUCGACAUGACGAAAUGCAUUUACUGUGGUUUCUGCCAAGAAGCUUGCCCCGUUGAUGCAAUUGUCGAAGGACCUAACUUUGAAUUCGCAACCGAGACACACGAGGAACUUCUCUAUGACAAGGAAAAGCUUCUUGAGAAUGGAGAUCGAUGGGAGACUGAGAUUGCUGAGAAUCUUAAAUCAGAGAGUCUCUACCGUUAAAAAAGGAAAGAGAUUCUACAACAGUCUUUUGCUUCAAGUUAUUUCCCUGGAAAACGUUUUUUCAUUGCUUCUAUUAGAAAUAAAAGAUGAGAUCUUAUGCGUUUGAAAACUCCCCUCUCCUUUGUAUUCCAGCUUUGUGCUGUGUAUAAUUGAUAUGUUCUGCUUUUGAAGCGAGACAAUACAUACCAUGUUUUCAUUGA